UCUUUUCCUGUACGUAUUCUAUAAUACAAAUUAUUCUCUGCCCAAUACUUCACAAUAAACAGAUUGAAAGUAUGACAGGAUGCAAACAAGAUAUGGAAGAUAAUGGCAGGUCAAAUGAAGAUGAUAAUGCAGAAAUACGUUGGAAACUAAGAAGCCUUCCGCCUGCACAUUACAUCUUCAAGAUUGAAAACUUCUCUUUGCUUUCCGAUGCAAAUGUUGAGUGUUUUAAAUCUGCUGAUUUUGAAGUUGGUGGCUAUAAAUGGAUGUUAUCUGUGUAUCCUCGAGGAAACGACGACAAAAAUGGCGAUGGAUACAUAUCUUUAUAUCUAGUGCUCUCCGAAUCCAACAAACUCGCUUUCAAUCAAGAGGUUAACGUAUAUUUCAAGCUCUUCGUAUAUGAUCAUAUUAGCGACAAUUACUGGAUUGUUCAAGAUGCAGAUGAGAAAGUAAGGCGGUUUCGUGGAAUUAAAAGAGAAUGGGGGUUUGACAAACUCAUUUCGGUUUCCGAUUUCAAAGAUGACUCCAAUGGAUAUUUAAGGAAUGACUCUUGCAUUUUUGGUGCGGAGAUUUUGGUCAUAGAAAACGCCAAUAAAGGUGAGUGCUUAUCAAUGGUGAAAACGCCUACAAAUAAUACGUAUACAUGGACAAUUUCAGAAUUUUCAAAAUUGGGUUUAGAUUAUACCACAUCCAAAGAGUUUUCCAUCGGUGGCAGUAAAUGGAGCAUAAGGGUUUAUCCAAAGGGAGAACCAAAAGAAAAGGGCAAAAACUUAUCCAUAUAUUUGAUGCGAGAGGACGAUGGGAACGGAAGAAAUGUGUAUGCAGAAUUUAUCUUACGAGUAAGAAACCAAUUAGAGGAAGAACAUGGUGAAUUUAAAGGUGAGUAUGAUUUUAAACCUAAUCAUGGACGGGGUUGGCCAAGUUUUAUGUCUCUCGAUGACCUCAAUGUCAAAUCGAAAGGCUUUAUGCGUAAUAAUACUUUGAUUGUCGAAGUAGAAAUUCAAACCAUGACUGUGAUUAAAGAGUUGUCUUGAAGUUAUGCAUAUUCCAACUUUAUUUUGAAUUCGAAAAUCUUUGUUUUAGCUAUUUAUUGUGGCGCGGGACGUUUCAUUCAUGAAUCAAAUAU